AUGACUACCACCAAAGCCACCAAACCCCAAAUAAUCGACGACAAAACCGCGCACAUUCUCCCAUUUAUCCUACAUCAUCUAUCCAUCCACCAAAAAGCCCACGCGACAAGACCCUUCGUCAUCGGACUCAAUGGAAUCCAAGGAGCGGGAAAAACUACACUCGUAAAUACGCUUUAUGAAAUUCUUACUCGAGAUCAUGGAUUGGAGACGCUGGUAUUGAGUAUUGAUGAUUUGUAUUUGACGAGGGAGGAUCAGGAGAAAUUGGCGAGGGAGAAUAAGGAAAAUAAAUUGGUGAGGUUUAGAGGGGAACCGGGCACCCACGACAUCCCCCUAGCCAACGCGCUCUUCACCUCCCUCCUCCAAUCUCCCCCAAAAACAACCCACAUCCCCAUCUACGACAAAUCCCUGCACUCUGGCCUCGGCGACCGCAGCCCAAACUACCACACCGUAAACAACACAGCACAAAACCAAAAACCCAUCCAAAUAAUCAUCUUCGAAGGCUGGUGCGUAGGCUUCCGCUCACUCCCACCCACAACCAUCUCCGAAAAACACCAACAAAGUCUAUCUCUCCCCGCAAACUCCAAAAUCUACACCACCCUCCGCGACCACCCCUUAUCAUCCCUCCACUUCAUCAACCAAAAACUCCAAGCCUACGACACCCUCACAAACACCUUCAACAUAUUCAUCCACCUCGACGCCCAAGACACGCAAUACGUAUACGAAUGGCGGCAAGAGCAAGAAGAAGCUUUACGACGGAAAAAAGGGUCAGGGAUGACUGAUGAACAGGUGAAAGAAUUCGUGGAUGCCUAUUAUCCCGCUUAUGAGCUAUUUCUCGAUGUAGUGCGAGGGGGGAUUUUUAAAGGGAGAGGAGUGGAAGGGGAACUGGAAGGAGAAGAGGAAGGGGAAAAGGAAUGGGAGGGGAAACAGUUGAGAUUGGUGGUGGGGAAGGAUAGGAGGGUGGUGGAUGUAGAGACGAUUUGA